GAGCUAUAAUCUACAGGGAAUUGAUUAGCGAAAAUUUAUAAUGAGAUUAAUUACCAUUGUCUUUGUAGCCACUGUUUUCAUCGCACUUAUUAGUGCCACAAAUGCUAACCCAGCUAAAGAGGAGCGCAAUGUAGAGAAACGUUUGCCGCGACCACUAGUCGGGGGUGUUUUGAGCCUUACUGUGGACGCCGUGGCCAACAUUGUCCUCACUAUCAUCAAUACAUUGAGAGAUUUCAAUUACAUGGCCGAAACACUUCCGGCCCCGUGGGGCACAAUAUUGGCACCCAUUGCCGGCACCGGUAACGACACUCUCGUCAAACUAUUGAACGAUUUAUAUAAAACGCUUAAACUCAUCGCCGGUGGACUCAAAAUGUCAGUCUAUGGCUGUUUGCUGGCGUCUCAGCUGAAGCCAUCACAAGCCAUGCUAUAAGUGAACGUCAGGCCGGGUCUGGCCUAUUGGGUGGUGUUGUGGGCAUAUUAUCCAACUUAAUCGGUGGUAUAAUUAAGGCAGUGUUGGAAUUAUUUCUAGGAUUCUGUGAUUUGAUGAAACACAGCCAAUUUGAAC